AUAUAAAGGCCAACCAUGCACACGGCAAACCCAACAGCAAGCAACUCCGAGCUUAAUCCUAGCUUCUCCCCCGCCUGCGAUCUUGAGCUCAUCCGGCCGCUUCCUUCAUCAAUUAAGGUAUCGCGGUUUUCGUACAUGAAGCACCCGAGAGACGCCGGCGACGCGACCCUCUCCCUCGCGCUCUCCCUCGGCGCAGCCGGGCGCGGCAAGAAGCCGCGGCGCGGCAACGCGGCCGGCGAGGGCGCGGACCAGUUCGUGUGCAGGACGUGCAGCCGCGCGUUCGCGUCGUUCCAGGCGCUGGGCGGGCACCGCACCAGCCACCUGCGCCCCCGCCACGGCCUCGCGCUGGGGACGGCGCCGGCCAAGGCUACCGCUAAGCAGGAGAAGCCGGCGGCGGCCGUGAGCCACCAGUGCCACGUCUGCGGGCUCGGGUUCGAGAUGGGCCAGGCGCUCGGUGGACACAUGCGCCGGCACCGCGAGGAGGCCGCCGCCGCGGCCCAGGCGCCGCCCGUUCUUCUGCAGCUCUUUGUAUAGAGUUUAGUCCAGAGUUCCAAGCACAUACACGUAGACUAGUCUAGAUUCUUCGCAUUCGUGUCUGUAAAUUGUAGCGCUUUCCUACAGAUUGUUGGCAUAUUGGCCCAUUCAUUCGUUCGUUCAUUUACUUGCACAUGUAUGUAAUAAAGAUGAUUCCUAUUUAGUCA